AUGUCGUCUGCAAACUUUCGGGUAAGCUGUUUCACUUUUGGAUGGGCGAUGCGAGAAAACAAGUCCCUCGCUGUAAAUCCCUACUUUGUUUUUCUUCAUCAAUUCCGGAGAAAUCUUAAGAAGCGUGGAAUCCACCAAUUGAACCCGGUUGCCGUGGCCAAAAUAGCGGGCAGAAAGUGGAGAGAAAUGUCGCCGGCCCAGAAGUCUGUUUUUAUUGAAAUUGCCAAAAUAAAUCGCGCCAGAGUUGGGACUCGAAAACGCCCUACGGUUCUAGUUGCGGGGGCAAGAAGAUAGUUUCUGUUUGAACACAUACAUUUUUGAAAGUCCAUCAACGUUUUUUAACGUAUUAACCCGCUUUCGCUUGAAAUUUCCAAGAACAGUUUGCAA